GGAACGGCUUCCUGAGCGAAAGCGUUUCGCUUGUGGAUGCCUAUUGUCCCUUCGAGGCCGCCGUCUCGCAUUCAGCAUGGCGUCGCCCGCGCAUACGGCGGGGCAGUGCAGCGAGCAAGAUGGCGGCGCGCAGCUGUACGGCGUGGGGCGCGGGGAGCAAGAUGGCGGCGCGCAGCCGUGCGGCGCGGCGCGGCGCAGCGUGCAGGGGCGGGCGGGGCGGGGCAAGAUGGCGGCGGCCGUCCGUACGGCGCGGCGCGUCGGGGCCGGUGGGGCGGAGCAAGAUGGCGGCGCCCAGCCGUGCGGCGGCGGCGGCGGCGGAGGCGGCGUGAUCGCGGGGAGCGAGCCGCGGGCCCCCGGGGCUGCCAUGGCGGCGCCGGGGCAGGUCCCCGCGGCGGCCCUGCAGGCCGUGCUGAAGCCGAGCGGGCGCCUCCCCGCCGAGAGCCUCCCGGUGCGCGGCUACGACUUCUCCGGCGGCCCCGACCACGGCGCGCUGCUCCGCUCCUUCCGCACCACCGGCUUCCAGGCCACCAGCUUCGCGCAGGCCGUCGCCGAGAUCCACCGCAUGAUCGCGGCGAAGCUGGAGCCGCUGAGCGAGGAGGAGCGGGGCCGCGCCGGGCUCAACCCCUGGCCCCGGGCGCCCUCGGGCUGCACCAUCUUCCUGGGCUUCACCUCCAACCUCAUCAGCUCCGGCGUCCGCGAGACCAUCCGCUACCUGGUGCAGCACAACAUGGUGGACGUGCUGGUGACCACGGCCGGGGGGGUGGAGGAGGAUCUCAUCAAGUGCCUGGCGCCCACCUACGUGGGGGACUUCAACCUGCCGGGCCAGCAGCUGCGCCAGCACGGCAUCAACAGGAUCGGGAACCUGCUGGUGCCCAACGACAACUACUGCAAGUUCGAGGACUGGCUGACGCCCAUCCUGGAGAAGAUGGUGGACGAGCAGGACGCGCAGGGCGUGAAGUGGACGCCGUCCAAGAUGAUCGCGCGCCUGGGCAAGGAGAUCGACAACCCCGAGUCGGUCUAUUACUGGGCGCAGAAGAACAACAUCCCGGUGCUGAGCCCGGCGCUCACGGACGGCUCCCUGGGCGACAUGAUCUUCUUCCACUCCUACAAGCGCCCGGGGCUGGUGCUGGACAUCGUGGAGGACCUGCGCCUCAUUAACACCCAGGCCAUCUUCGCCAAGAAGACGGGGAUGAUCAUCCUGGGGGGAGGCCUGGUGAAGCACCACAUCGCCAACGCCAACCUCAUGAGGAACGGGGCCGACUUCUCCGUCUACGUCAACACGGCGCAGGAGUUCGACGGCUCCGACUCGGGGGCGCGGCCGGACGAGGCCGUGUCCUGGGGCAAAAUCCGCCUGGACGCCACCCCGGUGAAGGUCUACGCUGACGCCUCCCUGGUCUUCCCGCUGCUGGUGGCGGAGACGUUCGCCCAGAAAGCCGACGCCUUCCCCGUGGAGGCGCGGGGAGACUGAGCCCCCCCGGGGGCCACGUGAGCCCCCCCCAGGGUGCCCGAGCCCCCCAGCACCGCGUGGGGACCCCCCCGUCCCCCCCCCAGCCGGGUGCAUCCAGGUGCCGCUUCCCCAGCGGAGCAGGGCCGAGCUGGCACCCGGCUGCCUCCCCUGGGGUGCUUGGGGGGGGGGGGCGGGGGGGCUGGGACCCCCCCACGUCCGUACAUCCGUCCGUCUGUUCCUGAGGGCCCCCCCCCGCCAGCUCUUCCCUUGGGUUCCCCCCCCCCCCCGUUAUUUAUUUGGGUCGCUCGAGGGGGUCCGGGCGGCUCCGCAUGUUCCCAAUAAAGCGCCGCGGUUUCUCCA